CAGCCCAGUAAUGGUGGAUUCACACGGUACGCGGCAGUCACGUUUGUCCAGUUCAUUUUCAAAGGGAAGCAUGUGGUAAGCGGCAAAACGCGGGCCGCUUCGUUAGCAGUGCUCGUGCAUCCAUAAUCCUGCAACUUCCACGGGCACGGCUCUUUGCGGCAGGCGCAGCUGUAGAUAAAACAUUUGAUUUUAUUGUGAACGCGGCAAUUCCACCGCGUACCGUGUCAAUGGCCCAUAACGGGGUUUAGAGGCGGGCGUUAAUCUGCGACGGAGAGAGACGAGAGUCCGAAAGAAAAAAAAGCAGCUCAGUACGUCAGUGUGCAGUAGACGACGACCCGCGACUUCUCCAUCCCCGCCAUUACCAGACACCAUGCGCGAGAUUGUGCAUCUGCAAGCCGGCCAGUGCGGCAACCAGAUCGGAGCUAAGUUCUGGGAGGUUAUCAGUGAUGAGCACGGCGUUGAUCCAACCGGAACAUAUCAUGGAGACAGCGACCUGCAGCUAGACAGGAUCAGCGUUUACUACAAUGAGGCUUCAGGUGGGAAGUAUGUUCCACGUGCCAUCUUGGUCGAUCUGGAGCCUGGCACCAUGGAUUCAGUUCGCUCUGGACCCUUUGGACAGAUCUUCAGACCUGACAACUUUGUGUUCGGUCAGAGCGGUGCUGGAAACAAUUGGGCCAAAGGCCACUACACAGAAGGAGCAGAGCUGGUAGACUCGGUUCUGGAUGUUGUUCGUAAGGAAGCCGAGAGCUGCGACUGCCUGCAGGGUUUCCAGCUCACUCACUCCCUGGGUGGAGGCACUGGAUCCGGCAUGGGUACCCUGCUUAUCAGCAAGAUCCGCGAAGAGUACCCCGACCGUAUCAUGAACACCUUCAGCGUGGUGCCCUCUCCCAAGGUGUCUGACACAGUGGUGGAGCCCUACAACGCCACCCUGUCCGUCCACCAGUUGGUGGAGAACACGGACGAGACCUACUGCAUCGACAACGAGGCUCUCUACGACAUCUGCUUCCGCACCCUCAAACUCACCACACCAACCUACGGCGACCUUAACCAUCUCGUCUCCGCCACCAUGAGCGGCGUGACCACCUGCCUCCGCUUCCCUGGCCAGCUCAACGCCGACCUCCGCAAACUGGCCGUCAACAUGGUGCCCUUCCCCCGUCUCCACUUCUUCAUGCCCGGCUUCGCUCCACUCACCAGCCGAGGCAGCCAGCAGUACCGUGCCCUCUCCGUGCCCGAGCUCACGCAGCAGAUGUUCGACGCCAAGAACAUGAUGGCCGCCUGCGACCCACGCCACGGCCGCUACCUGACAGUGGCCGCCGUGUUUCGCGGACGCAUGUCCAUGAAGGAGGUGGACGAGCAGAUGCUCAACGUGCAGAAUAAGAACAGCAGCUACUUCGUCGAGUGGAUCCCCAACAACGUCAAGACGGCCGUGUGCGACAUCCCGCCCCGCGGGCUCAAAAUGUCCGCCACCUUCAUCGGCAACAGCACGGCCAUCCAGGAGCUGUUCAAACGCAUCUCUGAGCAGUUCACCGCCAUGUUCCGCCGCAAAGCUUUCCUGCACUGGUACACCGGCGAGGGCAUGGAUGAGAUGGAGUUCACCGAGGCCGAGAGCAACAUGAACGACCUGGUGUCCGAGUACCAGCAGUACCAGGACGCCACCGCCGAAGAGGGCGAGUUUGAAGAGGAGGGCGAGGAAGAGGUCGCCUAAAUCACAACCAUUGUGCGUUCCACUUCACCCCUCACAUUUCAUUCUUCUCAUGGCAAAAAACAAUGCUCUCCAGAACAAACAAAUGAGUUAUCAUUCUCAGUAUCCAUUGAAAACAUGUGACAUUUUAAUGAACAGUGAACAUUUUGACUUUUGUGUAGAAACAUAGAAUGUUGUGAAUGCACGCCCUCAAAUCUUCCCCUCAUCCAAUGCGAGCGAGUUUAACUGUGAAGACUUCAGAUUUGUGAACAUUGUGACUUUGUCAAUGCCAAUCUGAAUAAAGGCUGGUUCUACAUGGAACACACAAUUUGUUC